CAAACUCGCAUUCAUACUUUUGCAGCACCACAUGCUUUACUAAGUUUGCGUCUAUUUCCUCUGCUGGCGUUUGAAAAGUUUUGUGUUCGCAGAUAUUUAUUUUACAGCGCACCUUAAAUAGUGCAAUGGCCUCCUUUACAACUGUGUGUUCCAACAUAUGUCUGAGUUUAGCUGCAUUUCGUUCAUCUUACAAAUUGUUUAAGAAUCACAGAGCUCCAUCUCUUGGCUUCUUCCUGCUUGGACUUUCUGCAGGACUUUCUACUUUAGCAUCAUUCAGCUCCUUCUUCAAUUUUCUACCAGAGAAUGAACUGUCAUGGGCAUCUGAGGUCCUGGCUCUAACUUUGCUCUCCUUUGAACUUCUCUGGCUGAGCGAAGACCACAACACUGCUUAUAUCCUUCUAUGUGGAUCGUGCCUUCUGGUUGCACUAAGAGAUUGGUUAUCAGAAGAUGCAUUUUCACUCAUGACUCACUGCCUGUGCCUGUCUUCGCUGUCCUGCUGCCUUACAGUUUGUCUGUUCACUGGAAAUACCUUAGGAGCUCUUGCUGGUUUGGCUCUGGCUCUUCCUUUGACCAUGGCGACCACAGCUGCAGCAGAGGGACUUCUGGAGUGGAUUUUGAGAGGUAUUUUGUGCGUGGGGUGCUGGGCAUCCACACGAGCUCUUAGGAUAUUUCUAAUAGAAGUGACAGACAAGUGUAAUAUAAGUAUUUAGUUACUUUCAGAGCUAGGCAUGUUCUUUUUAAUUAAUACUCUACACUACUUAAAAAGAGCAGUCUGUAGAAAAUGUAAUAAUAGUAGAUAAAUCUAAAAUCUAAUAAAAUUAUAUAUUUUUUUUCUUAUAAACUGACACAGCAGAUUAGUAUACAGCUAAUACCAGGGAUACUUUUAUGGUCAGUGGGGAAAAUGUUACUUGCCAAAAAUUCCCUACUGUUUACAUGCAAGUUGGUUUGUUGGUUGUUUUGUUGUGUAUUGUGAACUCAGGUCUAUAUAAAAAAGUGUGCCUGUAUGCAUUUGUCUAUGCCUUUGUUUAUCUGGUAACUUUACUAUACCUUACAUUACAGUACAGUACUUUACAUUUUACAUAGCGCUGAAAUAAGUUUGUAAUUACACAAUGGUUUCAUUCAUGAUUGCCGAGCCAGUUGGUACCAGUGAGUCAGUUUUUUGUUUUAGAUCGUUCAUCCCAGCAACAUCUAUGGGUAUGUGCACAUGCACACUGAAAUUGGAUUAUAAUCUGAUUUUUGGACAUUCAAGGAUCAUUUAAAAUGUGUCUGAGAGAGGCUUUUAAGAAGACCCGUGCCCCUGCUUGCUCUCGUCUCAGCCCGUGGCACCGCUCAGUCCAGCCGCAACCCGUGCCACCAUUAGGUCUUAUCCCCUGACGCUGCAGUGCAUUUAUCUGUACUAGAGUUAGUUUGGCGCCUGCUGGAUAAUUAGGACAGGUGUGCUCCGUCAAUGUCUGAGGUUGUGAGUUGGGCCAGCGCUUCAAACUAUAAAAAAUAAAAGGUUCCACAAAAUUUACACAUCAACAUUAUAACAUGCAAAUAAAAACAGAUAAAACACACAAAUAUUCCAUAUUCCCACAAAAAGACACGUAAACUACACAAACUGAUGGGAGGAUUCAAAAGGACCAAGAUCAAAAAUACAUUACAUGAUUGCUGUUUACAAAAAAUAUGAUAAUAAAUCAGGUGUAAACACAGCUACUCUUGGUGUUAUCUUGCAUCCAUCCAGCUGGCCCCAUUGAUUUCAUCGGCCUCAGCAGUAUUCAAAUAUCUGCAGUGAUCUACGGUCUUGGCCUUGUUCCUUGUCUUUUAUGUUAUAGAGAAAGUUGCUUCGUUUACAUCCUAAAAUAGCAUUAAAGGGAGUUUUGCCUUGGACCAGUUUGUCCACAAACACAUCCUUGCAUUUUGCUGAUUCUUCACAGUAAAUUGUAUGGGGCACUGCAGAAUCUCUCUCAGGGUUUCAGAGUUUAGAGACACGUCCCCCUUUUACUGCAGUGCAUACACAACCGAGAUGGUUGUGUAUGUUUGACUUCUUUCAGAUCUCUGGCCAAACUGUCGGACAAAAUGAUAAGAUUUAUUAACACAGUUUGAGGAUAAUGUGUGUUGUUGGUGUUUCAUUCUGUAGCAGUCUUUAAUUUUGUGGGUAUCAUUAUUUCAUAUAAUUAUUCACAUGUUUAGCUGUUUGGUUGUUCUUUUUCUCGUGAAAGACAUACUGUGGAUUUUAUAUGAUCUCAGUUUCAGAUUUUACAAGCAAUUUAACUAUUUUAUACAACAUUUGCCUGCCUUGGUUUUGGUAAUUCUGAUUUUCAUUUUGUGUUUGAACUGGAGCUAUGUGAUAGUAUACUCAAACAAGUUUUAUAGGCUCAUUAGCAGCAUGUAGCAGAAAAUAAUUAGUCUUGACUUUGUAACUGCCUCCUAACACUGCAGCAGACUGAAGCGCUGCACUGGGCAUGCUCAGUCCAGCAGCAGCCUGUAGGUAGAGUGAAGUGGUGAGGAGGAGGAGAGUAAAGAGAGAAAGAGGGAGGAGAGAGGGAUGUGAUAUUCGCACAGGACCCUGACAUGAGACGAGGACUGUACGAGGCAAUGGCAAAAACUGGAGUGUUAUGACGGCAUCAGCUGUGAAGAAAAGAUGGGAGCGAGAUAAGGUUUUUUGAGUUGGCGUCGAGAUGUAUGCCUUCUACUCUCUUCUAGUCUACAUUUUCUACACUGUCUUUAAAAAGGAGGAGGAGGAAGCUUUGGAGGGAGCAUGUGGCGGCACGUCUACAAAUGAGGCAGAACAUGUUUCCAUGGAAACAGGGACCAAGAGAUGUGGCCACACCCCCAAACUGGGAAAAAAGGAUUUUGCUCGACUUCAGCUUGAAUCAAGCAGCAGCAGUGACAGUGAUGAGUUGUCUCCAAGUGAUGAAGAUGAUACAGACGGCACAGAUCUCCCAGCAUGCACUCCUCUGGCUGCAUUCUUGUCCUUCAAACAAGAAGCAGAGCAGAGAAGGACCUCACAACACCAUCUCGAAACACCGGCAAAGAUCACAGACUCUCCCCUGGUGGCCGUGAUGUCCCACUUAUUGACUUUCCUGGAGCAGUAUUCACACUUCCAACAACUGCAGCAACAGGCCGACCAGUACAGGGUCCAACUGAAGAGACAUCGCAUUCAACAUCGACGUCAAAUGAAGGCUCUGAGAGCUUCUUAUCGGCAAAGACUUAAGGACAAGAAGAGCAUCAUUACCAGUUUGGAGGAAGCCUUUAGUCAGCAGCAGGCCCAGAGUCCCCUGAGUGAAGGUGAAUGCAGCAGUGACAGUGGGGCACAGGGGGGAGUCCAUCUCCUGGUGGAGUCUCUGUACGGUCUCCAGAGCGAAAGGAGCCAUCUGAGAGGAGAACUGCGUCUGCUGCACUCACAGCUUGAGCAGAAAGACAAAGACCGAUGUUCCAAAAUACAGGCCUUUCAGCAACAGAUUGAUGAAUUGAAAGGAUGCAUAGAGGAACGAGAAGAAGAGCUAUCCAGACUCAGAAUUUCUUCAGGUGCCACAGACUCUGAGAAAAGGGUGCUGUGUUUGACUGCAGAGAAUGAGAGUCUUAAGCAGAGCCUGAGUGUGACCCAGGGGCUUCUGCAGCAGCUGUCCACCAUCCCCUCACAGUCCAGCAACAUGCUCAUGAAGGAAAAUGAGAACCUGAGGAGCAGAGUGCAACAGCUGGAGAUGUCUCUCCAGCAGAGAGCGGAGCAAUUAUCAAACCUGGAGCGCCACAGUGAGGCGAGUGAGUGGAGACGAGGAGAGGAGCUAAGGAAACGCGAGGACCGACUCAGAGAUCUGCAGCUGGAGUUAGACCGAGAGAGGGCGAAGGACCCAGUGGUUAAGUAUGUGACUCAGACUGUGGAGGUGGAGUCCCCUGCAACUUUGAAGCAUCUAAAUAAAGUCAGACAGAAGAAUGAAGUGCUCUCUGAAAAACUGGGUCAUCAGAACGAGAGGUGCAAACAGCUGGAGGAACAAAUUAGGAAGUCUGACGAAUACAGCUGUAACCUGCAGCACAAGAUUGCAGCGUAUGAGAGAGAAAUUAGCUCACUGAGGGAACAGCUACUGAGGGAGAUUGGACAUUUGGAGGAGAGGAAGGAGGAGGCGGUAAAAGCUGCUGCCAACUGCUCUGCGGAGCACUUUCAGAAUCUCCAGGACCAGUUCUUUUGCUUACAAAAGCGCUUAACUUCACUACCACCAACUUUACGUUCCAUGAAGACAGACUAUGCCAGCCUGAGGAGCCAAGUCCGAAACUUUUCAGACUUUUAUGGAUCUGCUAUCAAUGAGGCAAAAAAACAAAUUUCUGCCGCUAUCAGUGAGAUGUCAGAGGCCAAUAAAGAUCUUCUGGAGAAAUACAGGAAAGAGGUAGCUCUGCGGAGGAAGUACCACGAGCAGCUGGUGGAACUUAAAGGUAACAUCCGUGUGUUGUGCCGUGUGAAGCCUGUGCUGAAAGAAGACCAGCACGAGGAGGGUCAGUCUGUAGUUGUGACCCCUGACCCCAACAAUGAGUCCUCCUUGACAGUCCUCAACAAGGGGAAAGAUCGAAUCUUUGAACUGGACAAAGUGUUCCACCCUCAGGCCACACAGGAGGAGGUCUUCCAGGAAAUUGAACCUCUUGUUACCUCAUGCAUUGACGGAUACCAUGUCUGCAUUUUUGCCUAUGGACAAACUGGCUCUGGCAAAACCUACACGAUGGAGGGAAGCGUGGAGAAUCCAGGCAUAAACCAGCGUGCACUCAAACAACUCUUUAAUGUGAUUGAGGAUCGUAAAGACAUGUGGUCUUACUCUGUCUCUGUGAGCUCGGUGGAGAUCUACAAUGAGGUGCUCAGAGAUCUGCUCAGUAAAGACGGUGAGAAACUCGACAUAAAGAUAAACCCCGAUGGAACGGGACAGCUGCAUGUGCCAGGCCUGAGAGUCAUUGAAGUGAGGAACUUUCAACACAUCAAGAAGAUUUUAGCGACUGCACGGCGCAACAGGAUCACGUUUGGGACGCAGAUGAAUCAGCACAGCUCUCGCUCUCAUGCUCUGCUCUGUGUCACUGUGGAGGGAAUAGACCUCGCAACAGGAUCAAAAACCACAGGCAAGUUAAACCUGGUAGAUCUGGCUGGUUCAGAGAGAGUGUGGAAGUCCGGAGCUGAAGGGGAGAGACUGAAGGAGGCCCAAAAUAUCAACCGCUCCCUGCUGGCACUGGGAGACGUCAUCCAGGCUCUGAGGGCUCGGCAGACUCACAUCCCCUUCAGAAACUCUCGCCUCACGUAUCUGCUGCAAGAUUCGCUGGGAAAAGGCAGCAAGACAGUGAUGGUUGUCCAGGUGUCGGCUUUGGAAAGCAACCUCGGAGAAACUUUAUGCUCACUUAAAUUUGCCCAGAGAGUGUGCAAGGUGGAACUGGGCCCAGCAGCCAGGAAGAUUGAAUCUGGUGGAUUAUGCGACUGACAGACAGCCUAAGGUGCUUCCCUCUUCUACCUAUUAUAGCAAGAAGUAUUAUUUAAUAUUUGAAUUGAAUCCCAACUUCAGCAACAAUGUGAAGAAACGGCAAUUUUGCACAAGGGCUAAAUAAGUAGCAGUCUGUGUUGCAAAUGCAUGUCAACUUCUGACUGAGGAUAUCAUUUAGCGCUCCAAAAGAUCCCUUUUAGUUUAAAAGUAAUCCUUAACUGGGGUAUGGGUGCUAAACGAUUCCACCUUAUAUCUAGAACAAACCAUGCUUUGUACACCUUGAAUAAUAUUUUCUGUGAAGAGGUUUUUAUGUUUCACGCAGUAUGGCCCCAAAUAGUUUUAUCUUGCAAUUUAUAUUUGACACGGGCUAUAUUUCCCAUCUUGCUCUAAAUGUUUGUAGCUUGUGUGCUUCACAUGCAUUGUUGUUCUCUAUUGAGGUCUGUAGAUGUGCAUUUUACAUAAAAGCGUCAUUUGUGCUUUGGAUAAACUUGUAGCAGAAAAGCAAAGAAAUGUCCAGAUGGAAGUUGAACUGGUGGCCUUGUGGUAUUAUAAUGAACUGUGCAAUAUCCCCCAGAAGAGGGCCAGAUGCACUUUAAUAUGAGAGGGCCUGUAUAUCGCAUUAGGGGUCUUCGGUAGAUAAUACUAGUGAAUGUCAAACCAAAAACUAAACGUUCAUGUAUUUAUCACCUUUUAGAUCUUUGGAU